AUGGCGCUGGAGGGCCAGAUCGGCAAUUUGGCGGCGUUCCUCAAGGGGAUGCAGGCUCGGAUGGAUGAACAACAUCAAUCGAUGAAGAAGGCGUUGGAAGCAAAUACAUCGGUUCUCCAUGAGCCCAUUGGUUGGAAACCCAAGGUGCAGGCGGAUGUUGAGGAACUUCAAUCCAGUGUUCGUGAACUUUGCACCAAGGUGGAUCAUCUCGCUGUGAAGCAGGAGGAGGUGACAAACUCUGCUUACAGGGUAUUCGAUACUGAGCAUCUGAAUGUGACGGGGUCUGCAACUACUGAUCUGCCCAGCAAACCCUGUGGAGUAACCUCUGGGCCAAGUGGCCACGGCGAUGAAACCAUUCACCGGGGUUCAGGCAAUGGGGUGGUCACCACCCUCAUUCCUACCCCGGUCACAGGUGUGAGAAAUACCAAAACUCUUACUCCUGUGGCUUUUCCUUUGGGACAUGCAUAUUCCCCUGAAUUUACUCAGUAUCACCUGAAUCAUGCUUUACCAACUGUGGAGUUCCCUGAAUUUGAUGGCAGUAGUCCUAAGCUUUGGAUAAAAAAGUGCAACAAUUAUUUUGACAUGUAUGAUGUGCCAGAUUUCCUUAAGUCUAGAACUGCUUACAUGCAUUUUAGUGGUGAUGCUGAUUUCUGGGCUAAGUCACUAGAUUACCCAGUUCAGGAACUUGCUUGGCCUGAUCUCUCUCGUGAUCCUAAAUUCAGUGUAGCCACCAUUACCAAUAGAUUUAUUGAUGGCCUGAAAGAAGAUAUUAGAAAUGUAGUUCUUGUUCACAGACCUGCAAACUUGGAUACUGCUAGUUCUAUUGCCUUGUUGCAGGAAGAAUACUACAGAGAUCCACCCAAGAAAGAAUUCAGGAAGCAUGAAAGUAAUACUGCUUUCAAGUAUUCUGGCAGGAAUAGUAGUGGUUCAUUUGGUGGCACUGCUGCAUCUCAGGGUACAGAUUCUAGUAAAACUGUGAGAAUGGUGGGCAAUAUAUGUGCCAAAGAAGUCAUUAUUCUGAUUGAUUCUGGGAGUACUCAUAAUUUCAUUAGUGAGUCUCUGGCUUCAAGAUGGAGAAAUUGGAGCAAUCACCAAUGCAGGGCAGUAAGGCAGUUCUUCAAGGAAUUCUACCCCAAGUACAGUCUUGCCUAG